UCCGAGGGUUCCGAGGAACCGCCACAGCUAUAUCGAACGUUCGCUAUAUAGCACUCAAGAUGGCCUGCAAGUUCGCUCUUGUCGUUUUUUGCCUUUUCGUUGUCGGCUAUGUCGACGCUGCCGGCACUGAUCUAUGGACUUUACUCUCUGCAAGUGAUAAGUUUCAACUGAUCAGCAGAACUUACAUGCUGGGUAAUAACGAAUGUGCCUACAUGAAGGUAAAGUCUAGAGAACAAAGCAAACAUACAUUGGACGUUCUAAUGGGAUAUCGUGAUGGCACUACAAAAGAAUACAAAGGACCAGGCUCCUACACUGUAACAGUAAGUGGGAGUCAGAUGACUGUUACAGUACAGGGUUACACGAGCGAUGGUAUCACGUAUAACCUGGAGUACUCAGAUGGUCAAGGCUGCAAUAUCUUGAAAGGGGCAGCAGGAGGACAGCGGGGAGGCGAAUGCGAACUGUGGGCGCCAGAAGGACAGGAAUCUCAUGCACAGGGCACCAGCUGUAAAGCGCAAUUCGAAAGCACAUGUGCCACAGCAGUACAGCACCCAUACCAGAGUGACUGCACGAUUCCUUAGAUUAAAUAGUACGGAGCACAAUAAACGUCCUCCCGGGCAUCCCCAUUGUCAA